ACAGUCUGAACUAGAUGAUAAAACUGACCAACCGUUUGAACUAGAUGGUAAUACUGACCAACAGUUUGAACUAGAUGGUAAUAAUGACCAACAGUUUGAACUAGAUGAUAAAACUGACCAAUCGUUUGAACUAGAUGAGAAUACUGACGGACCAUUUGAAAUAGAGGAUAAAACUGACCAACCCCAACCGUUCAAACUAGAUGAUAAAACUGACCAACCGUUUGACUAGAUGAUAAUACUGACCAACCGUUUGAAGUUGAUGAUAAAACUGACCAUAUAUGGACCUAGGAAGUCUGACAUAGUUAACUUUGAGUUAUUGUUAACUUUGGUCCACAUCUAAGAGGACAAGUAGAGGCUACGUGGCGCGACUAGGGCUUCCGGUUCACGACCAAAACUUUAAAUUGGUUUGUAAAUGCCAUUGCGAGUAACAGUACUAAUUAGUGGGUAGCUAUAAAACUCGCGUAGUUUAUUCUUGCAUCAAUUAUUAGACAGACACAAAUUGGAGAACACGGACACAAAGGUCAAGGCCGGUACGAUCCAGAUCUGUCCACCAUGAUGGACUCCACCCACUUUCCCAAACACGGACCACUGUUGGCUUAUUACUUUGUGGACAAGAAUGACACCAGGUAAACAGAAAUGACACGAUUGUACAAAGUCUACAAUGAGUCAUGAUUAUUUGAGGAUUUUUCUUUAUUAAAUCAAAUAAAAAUAAAAAUAAAAAAUAGCUACAAAUCUUAAGCUGUAGUUUCAUACACAUCAACCAAAUGCUGCCCCAAUAUGUCGAAAUAGCGAUAAAAGCUUUUUUUUUUUAUUACACAUUAUAUAGUAAUUUAUAGAAAAUUUCCUCAGACACUUUAUUAGAUUUAAAUGCCGAUAUGUAGACAAUCUUUGAAACCCUUGCAUAUUGGUAUUUGCUAUAGAUUUCUGCUAAAUUAAAUGGUAAGUUCUAACAUCCUUUGUAGGCAUGUUUAUUGUUACGUCUACAGGCAAAAGGCAAGACGUGCCGACAGCAAAUGGUUAGACACAUUGUGCUCUCAGCCCGUGGAUGAAAUUCUCCGGAAAUAUCACGCCCGUAGCGGAACCGGAAAGCCACAGGCCGCUAUGGGCGCCACAAGCUCCACGCGUGGAGAAAUCGCCUUGCUGCAUGCCUGGACAAGCAACAUGCCUCGGUCACAGAAACACGGACAGGAUGAUGAGGCCCGACUGGCUGGAGAUACAGCUUCCGCACCUCUGAACCGACUGGCUGUUCCCGGAGAACUUGGUCCUAGCAGUGCUAGUGGCGCCAACAACGGUUUCAACAUGAGACGUCGAGAUCUCAGUUCAAGCACUGGAAUUCCAAAUGAAGACUUCUUAAGGCCCGUGAUCAUCGCAUGCACAAUAUCACAACUACCUUCUAAGACACACAGCGGCGGAUCUAAGGACGGGGAUACAAAACAAAGGCGAAACGUGAGGUUCCCUCGGUUAAACAACGAUAAGAAGAAGAUGAUGAAAGAAAAAUCUGAGAAAAUUGAGGAAGGUCGUCGUACUCCAGGAUCAAAUGAAGCUUCUGCCUUAGCUGAACUCAGUGAGGAUGGGUAAAGACAUG